AUGUUAUAAUCUCUGAUUGUAUUUUGGCGCGAUGUGAAUAACGGUGGCAGUCAUCAAACACAACUGAUUUCAAUGUUCCUGCGGCUCGUACUUUUACAAAUAUGGGUAUUACCGGUCUUCUUCCCUUUUUAGAAAAAUCCUCGAAAAGGACAAACAUUAAUGAAUUUGCUGGUAAAACUGUUGCUAUUGACUCUUAUUGUUGGUUACAUAAAGGAGUAUUUUCUUGUGCUGAUAAAUUAUCAAUGGGACAACCGACUGAUGCAUAUGUUCAAUAUUGUAUGAGAUUUAUAUAUAUGUUACUUAGUCAUAAAAUUAAACCAGUUCUUGUGUUCGAUGGACGAUAUUUGCCUGCUAAAGCACAAACUGAAGCAAAACGACGAGAAGCCAGAGAAGCAAAUCGUCGCAAAGCUGUUGAGUUAAUGAAAAUGGGUCAACAUGCUGAAGGAAGAAAUUUGUUACGAAGAUCUAUAGAUGUUACACACGAAAUGGCUUUAGAAUUAAUUAAACAAAGCCAAAAAAUAAAUGUAGAUUGCAUUGUAGCACCAUAUGAAGCAGAUGCGCAAUUAGCAUAUCUAAAUAUUAGUGGAAUAGUUGAUCUUGUUAUUACAGAAGAUAGUGAUUUAACAUUAUUUGGUUGUACAAAAGUAUUUUUUAAAAUGGAUAUAAAUGGUAAUGGCCUUUUAGUUGACCAAGAGCGUUUACAUCUUGCUAUGGGAUUACGUGCAGAGCACUUUAAUAUGGACAGUUUUCGUAACAUGUGUAUUUUAUCAGGCUGUGAUUAUUUACCUUCCCUUCCUGGAAUUGGGUUAAAUAAGGCAAAAAAAUUUAUUACAAUAAAUACAGACUGUGAUAUACAUAGGGCUUUAACUCGAUUGGGAUCUUAUUUGAAUAUGAAGUCAUUAGUUGUUACAAAGGAAUAUAGAGAUGCAUUUAUAUUGGCAAUUAUUACUUUUAAACAUCAAUUAGUAUUUUGUCCGUUACAAAGGAAACAAGUUCGCUUAAAUCCACCUUUGCCUGAUGUGACAGAAGAUCAACUCUAUUAUGCUGGUACAGAAACAGAUCCUGAUACAGCAUUGCAACUUGCUUUUGGAAAUUGUGAUCCAUUUUCUUUAAAAAUGCUUCAUAAUUUCGAUCCUGACAAAAUUAAAAGUCAAGAUAAUCAUAAUGCCUGGAGUCGAAAAUCAAUUCAAUCUAAACAUGUUAGCAUUUGGUCAAAACAGUAUAAAUUGAAAAAGAAUGACACAGAAAAAUCUCACAGUAAGGAUCUGAUGACUUGGCCAAACACUGCCAAUAAAGAAGUAAUUCUUCAAACAAAUCGCUUAAAAACGGUUGUUUUAGCCAAACAAAACGAUAAUAUUGAAUGUAUAGACCUAAAUCAAAAAGAACUUUUAGAUAUAUAUAAAUCUAAGGACAACGAAGUAGAAAACAAUAGUAAAAUGGACACAUCUGCUUCCGACGUAGAAAAAAUAUCUCCGGUUUUAAUUAAACGAAUAGUGCCAUUUUCUCAGCAGAUAUCUACAAAUAAAACUUCUCCAAGUCUUUUGUCCAAAACCAAAAGUCGCAUAAAGGGAAGAAAUAUAAUGCGGAUUAGGAGAACAAUUAUAAACGAUGAAAUUAUUACAGAAAGUAAAUUCUUUGCUAAAACAAAUGUCAAAAGUAACAAUAAUGUAACAGAUGAUGAUACAUCAUGUUCAUCUAGUAAUUCAAAUGAAAAUUUACGAAAGAAAGAAAAUACAACACUUGAAAGAAUUGAUGAAAUUGAUAAUAUUGAUCAUCAAUCAUUAAUAGCAAUUGAUGAAAUAGAAACAAACUCAGAUUCUAUGGAUGUUGAUGAAGAAUGCAACACGUCGUUUACAUCAAAUCAAUGUAAUGAUGUUGACAACUCGAGUAGUCCUUCUACUUGUGAUUUAGGAAAAUCAUAUUUGGACGUUCGAAUAAAUGAAUUUGUUGUAAACAAAAAUAGUAAUGAAUCACAUAUUUUUACUGAUUCUUUAACAACAUCAGAAACUUUUGAAGAUCAGGACUUUUUAAUUCCACGAGAAGAUAUAAAUACUUUAAACAGUAAUUUAUUCCAGUGGUCUAACACAAAAUUGUCGACACAUACAAAUAACAAAACUAAACAUUAUAAAAGUAAAAGGUCUGCAAGUUUUGAUGUUGUAAAAAGUAAAACAACUACGACAAACAGUAUACGUAAAAAUCAACAACUAAGUUCCAUGCAAAGCCGACAAAGUUUAUUAAGCACAUAUGGAUUUAAAAGAAAAGGUAAGCAUAAUAUAUUAUAAUUUACAACAAUUAUGGUUGUUUAAAUAGUUAAUUAAGAUUACAUAAAAAUAUUAUUUACUUGCAGAAUUAAUGUGAAAAAUAUUUUGUAUUAUUUUAUAAGAGAAACGUAUGCUGUGCUAUACUUAUAAAAUAAUUAUUAAACAAGUACAAAUACAUGUCAAUGGACUCUUAUUUUAUUAUAAAUGAUAAGUGAUAAUGAUAAGAUAAUAUUGUUUCAAUUAUAAUUCUCUGCAAAGAUAUAUACACAUUAUCAAGAAUAAUACUCACAAACAAAAUAAAUUUUUUUUUUAUAAUUAACAAA